AUGGCGGAAGAACCACAAUAUGCCCUAAAACGCAAAUACGAAGACCAACCCACCGCCACCGACAUUGAACUCGAAGUCGCGAACGCUAAACAGCGGGCUCAAGAAGUCGCCGCUCGACUCCUCAGUGUCACCGGCGGCGCUCCUCCACUUUCCUUCGAUCCUAAACGUUCCAAGUCUGAUAAUGGUGCUCCACAAUCUGGAUUCGAUUCCUACGAUUUGAAGCCGCAAUAUUCAGCUGGUUCUUAUGGUGGUUCUAGUAAGAAGAUUGAGAUACCUAAUGGGAGGGUUGGGGUUCUUAUUGGGAAAGGAGGUGAGACUAUUAAGUAUCUUCAGUUGCAGUCUGGGGCUAAGAUUCAGGUUACUCGGGAUAUGGAUGCGGAUCCUAAUUCUACUACGAGGAUGGUUGAGCUUAUGGGGACUUCUGAUGCUGUUGCUUCUGCUGAGAAACUUAUCAAUGAAGUCCUUGCCGAGGCUGAAGCGGGGGCUUCUGCCGGUGGUGGUACUAGACGGAUGGCUGCACAAUCUGGGGGUGAUGAAUUUUCGAUGCAAAUCCCAAACAAUAAGGUCGGCCUUAUAAUUGGUAAAGGAGGAGAAACAAUUAAGAGUAUGCAAGCUUCUACUGGAGCACGGAUUCAGGUUAUACCUCUGCAUCUUCCCCCAGGCGAUACAUCAACCGAAAGAACAUUAAAAAUUGAUGGGACUCCUGAUCAAAUUGAAUCAGCAAAGCAAUUGGUUAAUCAAAUCAUCACUGGCGAGAAUCGUCUCAGAGGUUCAGGGAACUCUGGUGGUUACAAUCAGCAAGGCUACCAAUCCCGUCCACCAUCUAGCUGGGCUCCCCCUGUUGCUCCUGCGCAACAACCUGGUUAUGGCUAUGGGCAACCUGGAUCAUACUCUGGUCCAUCACCACAGUAUAACAUGCCUCAGCCCCCAUACUCAGGCUAUCCUCCCCAGCAACCUGGUGGGUACCCUGCCAAUUGGGAUCAGUCCACUGCACCAUCUCACCAGCAGUCUGCAAGUGGUUAUGAUUAUUACAAUCAACAGCCCCAGCAACAGCAAAAUCCUGGGGGUCCUGCUCAGCCAGCUGAUGGGUCUGCAUACAACUACAGUCAGCCACCUUCCACUGGUUAUAGCCAACCAGGACAGGGUUAUGGUCAGGAAGGCUAUGGUGCGUAUAAUGCAACACAACAAUCCGGGUAUGGUCAGCCCCCAACAUAUGAUCAACAAGGUUAUGGCUCUGCUCCCAGCUAUGGCAGUGGGAGUAACCCAACACAAGAAGGUCUCACUUCCAACUAUGGCUCACAGGCAGAUUCGUCCCAAACUUCGCAACCCUCUACUGUUGCCCCACAAGGCUAUGCUGCCAACCAACAAGGAACUCCUCAACCAGGUUAUGGGGUUGCCCCUGCCUCCCAAGCGGCCUAUGGAAAUCAACCACAAUCUGGCUAUGGAUCUGGUUAUGGUGCCCCUCCAUCUCAAAAGCCAACUGCAAAUCCUACUGCGUAUGGUCAAUCACAGUCACCUGGCACCGCGGGAAGUUAUGGUCAGUCAGCGUAUCCCCCUACCCAGGCCCCACCUUCUGGAUAUGCUCAGCCAGAGUCAGGCACUCAGAGGCCACCAGUGCAACCAGGAUAUGGUUCUCAAUCAUAUGGUGCUCCUCAAGGUGGCCAGCCUGGCUAUGGUCAGACUCCACCAUCGUAUGGAAACAGUUCUUAUGGUGCUGGUUAUACUCAGCCUCCCGUGUAUGCUAGUGAUGGGGCAGCUGCACCGCCUGUUCAACCGGGUGGUGUUGCUAAAGCGUCCCCCCAAAGUUGA